AUGUAUAAAAUGGAAUAUUCUUACCUCAAUUCCUCUGCCUACGAGUCCUGUAUGGCUGGGAUGGACACCUCGAGCCUGGCUUCAGCCUAUGCUGACUUCAGUUCCUGCAGCCAGGCCAGUGGCUUCCAGUAUAACCCGAUAAGGACCACUUUUGGGGCCACGUCCGGUUGCCCGUCCCUCACGCCGGGAUCCUGCAGCCUCGGCACCCUCAGGGACCACCAGAGCAGUCCGUACGCCGCAGUUCCUUACAAACUCUUCACCGACCACGGCGGCCUCAACGAGAAGCGCAAACAGCGGCGCAUCCGCACCACUUUCACAAGUGCACAGCUCAAAGAGCUGGAGAGGGUUUUCGCGGAGACGCAUUACCCAGACAUCUACACCCGGGAGGAGCUGGCGCUUAAGAUUGACCUCACCGAGGCGCGGGUGCAGGUGUGGUUUCAGAACCGCCGCGCCAAAUUCCGCAAGCAGGAGCGCGCGGCGGCGGCGGCCGCGGCGGCGGCCAAGAACGGCUCCUCUGGGAAGAAGUCCGACUCGUCCCGGGACGACGAGAGCAAAGAGGCCAAGAGCACUGACCCGGACAGCACUGGCGGCCCGGGCCCCAACCCCAACCCCACUCCCAGCUGCGGGGCGAGCGGCGGCGGUGGCGGGCCCACUUUUACUGAACUUUUUGGCACUGCUCUGGAUUGGAGUCAGCUGCAGUCUACCAACUGA